GGAUCCCUUACCCUUGUGGGAGGGGAAGCAGAGCUUAUCCAACCAGAACUUGUCUGGUUACCGCAUGCUUGAUUAUCUCCCCCCCCCCCCACAGCAUGUAAACCUACCACAAAGGAGCUGAAGUUCAAAUAGGGCUCUUUUAGCUUCGCCUGAAAUGAUGGAUUGAAAGCUUUAGAACUGAAACGCAGAAGAGCCGGAGUUCCUGAAAAGCAAGUCACUGCUGCAGCCUAUUGUCCCUGAGUGUCUAUAGCAUGGGAGCCGACGGCUUAGAUUCAGCAAUCAAGUUAAAGGGAUGAGAGUUUAAACAAUAAGGAAAUAACAGGACUGCAGUAGCUUUACGUUGUUCGCCUUUCAAUCACAGUACCAAAUGCAUGGACCUUUUCAUGCAACAGAAUCUAGGUAGCCCUCAUCGCAAAUGAAUACAUUUCUUUUGGUAUCAGUGAUGUCACUAUUUCUGUGGAUGAGCCGCUCAAUGCAUCGUUGAUUUAUUAUUAUUAUUAUUUAAAGCAAGUUUGAAGCUUGAAAAAAGAAACUCGAAGGAAACAGGAUCAAUACAUUCAUACAAAACAAUACAAAAAUAAAAGACCAUGAAGACAGCAGUGUGCUUGUUUCUAAUGGUUGUCAUUGGAGUCCAUUCCAGUAAGCCCCAAGAUUCUGAAGGCAGCGAUGAGGGAGAGGAGCAAGAAUUCAUUUACUCAAACAGGUAUAAGCGCUCCAGCGACACACAAGACAAGUGCACCUAUACCUUUAUUGUACCUCAGCAAAAAGUGACGGGUGCUAUUUGUGUUAAUUCAAAAGAACCUGAAGUUCUACUUGAAAACAGGGUAAAUAAGCAAGAACUAGAGCUGCUGAACAAUGAACUACUAAAGCAAAAGAGACAAAUAGAAACCCUUCAGCAGCUGGUAGAGGUAGAUGGAGGAAUUGUUAAUGAAGUGAAGCUCUUACGAAAAGAGAGCCGCAACAUGAACUCACGGGUCACACAAUUGUACAUGCAGCUGCUGCACGAAAUCAUCCGAAAAAGAGACAAUGCUUUAGAACUUUCCCAAUUGGAAAAUAAGAUACUGAAUCAAACUGCCGACAUGUUGCAGCUUGCAAACAAAUACAAAGACCUGGAGCACAAGUACCAACAUUUGGUAUCGAUUGCGAAUAACCAGUCUAUAAUUAUUGGACAGCUGGAAGAGCACUGCCAAAGGACACCGUCCAUUAAACCCAUCCUCCAACCUCCACAGCCUCCAAACCGAGUCUACCAGCCUCCCACUUACAAUCGUAUCAUUAAUCAAAUAUCUACCAAUGAGAUUCAGAGUGACCAGAAUUUAAAGGUUCUACCACCAACUCUCCCAACCAUGCCACCAGUUACCAGUAUUCCAACUUCCACUGACAAACCAUCAGGUCCUUGGAGAGACUGCCUACAAGCAUUAGAAGAUGGCCAUGACACCAGUUCCAUAUACCUUGUGAAGCCUGAAAAUACAAACCGAUUGAUGCAGGUCUGGUGUGAUCAACGACAUGAUCCUGGUGGCUGGACAGUCAUUCAAAGACGUUUGGAUGGAUCUGUCAACUUUUUCAGGAACUGGGAGACUUAUAAGCAAGGAUUUGGUAACAUCGAUGGAGAGUAUUGGUUGGGCUUAGAAAAUAUUUAUUGGCUAACAAAUCAACGCAACUACAAAUUGCUGAUAACUAUGGAAGACUGGUCAGGCCGUAAAGUGUUUGCUGAAUACGCCAGUUUCCGACUAGAGCCAGAAAGCGAGUACUACAAGUUGCGAUUGGGCCGAUACAAUGGCAAUGCUGGAGAUUCCUUCACAUGGCAUAAUGGGAAACAAUUCACUACGCUGGACAGAGACCAUGAUGUAUACACAGGUAACUGUGCUCAUUAUCAGAAAGGGGGAUGGUGGUACAAUGCAUGUGCACACUCGAACCUCAACGGUGUUUGGUAUCGAGGAGGACACUACCGAAGUCGAUAUCAAGACGGUGUCUACUGGGCUGAGUUCCGGGGGGGCUCAUUUUCACUGAAGAAAGUUGUCAUGAUGAUCAGACCUAAUCCCAACACAUUCCACUGAAAAGAUACUUCUCAUGAGACAGAAUAAAAAGGCAACAACAGUUGCGUGUGCUAUCCAGAACACAUCUUUUCAGCAGUGAAGAAUGUAAUAUGUUGUACAUUGACUGUUAUUAAUCAGAGGACUUGUACAUUGUAUUUUUUCAAGAAUUGUUCCAGAACCAAAAUAACAAGAAACAUUUCAAAACAUGACUCUUAGUACCAAAAUAAUUUGUUCUUGUUUGGGGUUGUUUUUUUAAACAGUUGUCAGGUAAAAAAUAGACUGUAGAUAAAUUGAGAUGCUAAGAAUACUGCCACAACAUCUAAAUAUUUUUGUAUAUUAUAUAUAUUCUCAAAUACUGAACUUAUUCAAAACUGUACAGCAAGACUUUUUAUAAAUUCAUUUGACACAGGAAAUUAUAUCCUUUGAAAAUAUGUAACCAGUAAAGGUACCUUAGACUGUUAAAGUGGUUGUUCUUAAUUUAAUCUUUGUUAGCUGGUGAGAAUGCUUAGUAUCUGCUUUAAAGUGUCCACACGGUGCCUAGCACAAACAAAGCCCAUGUUUCCCAAGGUUCAAGGUACUAUUAGAACUUGACAAUGAAUAAUUUCAUACAGUACACAUGAAGAGUCCAGGCUGUUCUCGUCUCUGCAUCUUUUAAUAGACCAGCCAUUAUCCGUAAACUGACCAAACAGGUAUUUUUGUCAUCAUCAAAGCAGUAUCAGCAUUUUUAAUUGAACACCCAGACUUUUAGAAACAAUCUAGAUUUUACUUGUUUGCUGCAUACUUUAUAAUCAACUUUGUCACAUAAAUGAUAGCUUACAGGUUUCAAGCUAUUUUGUACCCUAAGAGUUGUUACCUGCUCUAUAGUUACUGCACCAACAAAGAGAGCUAUCCAACUUUGCAGGCAAAUGAUGGAUACAGAUAUAGAACCUAUUUAAAUACCCUUAGCCGCUAUAUUAUGACCUUUGGGAGAGACUAUUUGAAACCCAGAACUAUAUUUGCCAUAUUUCUCUAUUAUUGCCAAAUAUACAUAUUAAAAAAAUUAUGCAACCAUAUUUAUAAAUAAAGUUCAAUGUAGAAACCUGAAUUCCUGAAUUCUAGUAUUCUGCUGAGGUAAGUUUCCAGAACAGAUUAUUUUAGCACACGUUGCAUUAUAGGAACAGUGAAAACCCUUAAUUUCAAAACUCUUAUUACCUCAUUAUUUCUUUCCUGAUGUGCAUCAAAAGUUUUGGAGUCUGAUGUAGCAUGUGUUGUAUAUAAAUGAAAGUAGGGAUUUUAAUAUAUUAUCAGAUUAUCCUUGUUAUGAUGCAAAUGUGUAAUAAAAGCAACA